AUGGACACCCCAGACAGCUAUCUUCCCCCAGCGUUGAGCGCCGACACUAUCAGUCGACUUAUCGUGUCCCUGAAUCUCCCCGCUCCUAGCUCAAUUGAACCUCUCCAUGUCACAGCGGCCUUUCAUUCUAUCUACUUGGUCCAUUUUGCAGCAAUCAUCACUCCAAUUCAUACAUAUGAUGGCUCUGUGUUCCCAGUCAAUGCCAACGGCUCAGUGACUCUGGUCUUACGCGUCUCAGGCCGUCAAUUACCAAGCAUCAAAACCCGUAAUGAAGUCGGAGUUAUGACAUGGAUUCGUCAGAAUACUACCAUUCCCAUCCCUGCCAUCAUUCGCUACGACUCGACCGAUAACAAUAUCAUUCGUCAUGAAUUCACUCUCCUCGAAAAGGUUCCUGGGAAGAGUAUCGAUCAGAUUUAUCAUACUCUGUCAGCAGACGUCCGCACUAAGAUCGUCCACCAAUUGACUGACUAUCUGAUCGAGCUUCAUGCACACCCCUGGGACGGCUAUGUCGGGGGUCUGACUAUCACAAAUGGAGAAAUCAAUAAGGGUCCUCCAAUCGAAGAGAAUUUCUGGCAAUUGCCCGAUGUGGAAAAGUAUUGGGCGGGAUCAGAGUCCCUUGAGUUGUUGAAUCCUAUUCCUUCUCAGGGCUUCCCUAGCUUCGUGGACUUCACUCUCGCCUGUCUCAAUCGCUACAUCUAUGCUAUCGAAAAACACUCGUCACUUGAAUCUUAUAGAGAUCUGAUUCCGAGAAUUCGUACCUUCAUCACAUCUAUUCAGGACCAUGCCGAUGGGCUGAAUCAGGUCGUAUAUGUCCUGGCACAUAAGGAUCUCCAUUUUGCAAAUAUCAUGUGCGACCCAGACCACCCGGACUGUCCCAUCACUGGUGUUCUGGACUGGGAGUUUAGCAGUGUAGUGCCCGCUCCUCGCUGGAACCCUCCUCGCGCCUUUUUAUGGAAUAUGAAGUCCACACCCGAGGAUAAAGAGGAGCAGACCCGGAUGGAAAAGCUCUUUGAGUCUGUCUGUUGUAAGAAGGGAGCUGGGAAGAUCCUCAAAGAGAUGGAAUUGAGCCCACUCCAGCAGUCCAUGCAGACUGCGGUGAAUUAUAUUCGUGCUAUUGUGGAAGUCUGUCCCCGCGGCCAGGCUAAAGACCGUGUUGCUCACUGGCGUGGGGUGGCGGAGGCCGCGAUGGAGGCGUUUGGAGUCUAG